AUGAAGAAGGAGAGGAUAUUACUAAAGAAAAUGAAAGGGAAAGUUCAUCUGUUGAAGAAGUGUAGAGAAAAUCAAACAGUCAUCACCGAAUUUAUACUUGUGGGAUUCUCAAGCUCUGAAAAAUUCCAGAUUGUCCUCUUUUGGGUUUUUUUAGCUACUUACCUUGUGACAAUAAUUGGAAACCUCCUUAUUUUAAUUACAGUGUUGACUGAUCGCAGUCUCCACACCCCUAUGUACUUCUUUUUAGGAAAUUUAUCCUUCUUAGAUAUCUGGUAUGCCACAGAUCUUGUCCCCAGGUUGCUGUUUGGCAUGGUAACCAAGGAUAACUUUAUUUCGUUCACAGGUUGCAUGAUGCAAUUUUAUGUCUUUGGUGCACUGGCUGUUGCUGAAUGUCUCCUUCUCACUGUCAUGUCAUAUGAUCGAUAUUUAGCUAUAUGCAAGCCGCUGCAUUACAUGACGCUCAUGGACGGCAAGGUUUGCACUCAGUUAUCAGCUGGAUCCUGGGCAAGUGGCUUCGUAGGAACAUCAAUAACCAUAUGUUUGCUUUCUAAUUUAAAUUUCAGUGGCCCCAAUGAGAUUGACCAUUUCUUUUGUGAUAUUACAUCCCUGAUAAAACUCUCCUGCUCUGAUACUUACUUGGUUGAGAUCAUGGUUUUCUCCUUCUCUUCAGCUGUAUCCCUGAUCCCAUUCCUCUUAAUCCUGACAUCCUACAUUUGCAUUCUCAAGGCCAUCCUGAGGAUCCCUUCCGACACUGGGAGGCAAAAGGCAUUUUCCACCUGCUCCUCUCACCUUAUCAUUGUUAGCACAUUCUAUGGGACUCUGAUUGCAAUGUAUGUGGUACCUUCCUCAGACCACACUCUGGUGCUCAACAAGGUCAUCUCUUUGCUUUACACGGUGGUGACACCAAUGCUAAACCCCAUUGUAUAUAGUCUGAAGAACAAGGAAUUUCAUGAGGCUCUGAAGAAGCUUCUUAGUGCAGUAUUAGCAGCCACAAGAAAGCUCUGA